AUGAAUACCAAUACUGAACAACGUCUAGCAAAUAUUGAAGCAACACAUAAAAAUAUUUUACAAAUGCUCGAUGAUCUUAAACGACGUGUUGAACAACUUGAAUCAAACCAACAAUCGACUAGUGGGAAACCAAUUGAAUCACAGCCGGCUGCUGCUAAUACUGAUGAUGAUGAUAAUAAUGAUAUUGAUUUAUUUGGUUCUGAUGAUGAAGAACAAAGUGAAGAAACAAAAAAACGUUUAGCUGAUUAUACAGCAAAAAAAGCAAACAAGGAAAAUAUUAUUGCCAAAAGCACAAUUGUAUUAGAUGUUACACGUUGGGAUGAUGAAACUGACAUUGAAGCUAUGGAAAAAGCAGUAAGAUCAGUUGAAGCUGAUGGUCUUGUUUGGGGACAAUCUAAACUCGUACCAGUUGCUUAUGGUGUUAAAAAAUUACAAAUUCGUUGUGUUGUUGAAGAUGAUAAAGUUGGAACUGAUUUUCUUGAAGAAAAAAUUUGUGGAUUUGAAGAUUAUGCUCAAUCAGUUGAUAUUGUCAUAUUCAAUAAAGCUCAAUGA